AUGAGAAGUAAGUUAAAUAUUAUUUUAAGAAGUGUACUAUUUCUAUUAAGCAAUAAUAACUUUGUAAUUAUUGGAGUGGGAUGUGAAGAUAGUAUAAAUAUUGAAGAGAUGAUUCCUUUAAUAAAACAAUCCAAGUAUUUAUUUAGAAACUUUCAAAUUGGUUUUUUAACAGAUGUUUUAGUAAAGAUAAAAGAGAAUAAGAAAGAAUUUUUUAAUAAGAAAAAAGGUUUAAGAGAUUGUCUUAAUAAGUUAAAUAGUAUUAAGUUUGAUGAUAAAUAUUGUAAAAAGAUGUUGUUAAUUUUUUAA